CGGGUUAGCCACGCGGAUGUUCUUGUAUUUCCGGACACGCGUGGGACGAGCCAGUUCGCGUGGAACGAGCCAGUUCGCGCAGCACAAUACGAACCCACUUAGCGCCAGUGAUAGUUGGGGGUUGGGUUGUAGCAGUCAAACACGGUGUAGUCGUCUGCUGUAAGUGUAUGUGUGUAAUGGGAGGUUUGGAUUGCGAAUAGGAAACAUUGUAACGCAUCGCCAAAAUGGUUCGUAUCAUUUGUCUCGUGACUUUGAUCAUCUCUGGACUAACCAGAGAAACAUUGGCGGUUUCAUUAGAUGAUAUGCUGGCGAUGUUUGGACACACCGAUGACUCAGCGACUACAUCUACACCCAGCUCGAAUCUAUCCCAGACACAUUUUAAUUUCAACAAUAACGGCAACUCUCAAGACGGCGCGAGUGUGCCGACUAUGGAGAUUCCAUUUGGAGAAAUUGUCAACGAAUAUCUAUCGACCGUAGCUGUCCGAAACUGUCAUCCUAAUUAUUGCGAGGUUUCAAACCCGUGCCCCGAUGUCAAGAAAUGUUUAUCGUAUGGAUGUAAUAUGACACGGUGUGAUGAACCGACACUAGAAGAAGCUACCAAGCCACCCAACCAUUGCAUGGACGACAACAUCACGUGCCCCGACUUCGAAUUUUGUAUUGAACUACUGAACUGCCCGUGUCAGCCUGGCUGGAUGGGGAACUACUGCAACACACCUUGUGACAAGCCGUGUGUCAAGGGUCAUGGGAUGUGUCAUGGAUUCGCGGAUGACACGCCCAUCUAUUGCAACUGUGAACAUGAGUGGGAGGGAGAAUUCUGUGAGAAUGUUAAGCCAGACCCAAGAGCCCUCACCGUGAAGGCCCAGGAACAAGAGCAACACGCGCGAGUCAUGGCCGGUGUGCUGACGGCGUGUGUCGCCUUUGUGCUGCUGUUGGCCAUCGUAGUCCCUGUGGUGUUGUGGCGAUUGAGGGUCAUCUUCGUCCUCAAACUGGUCUACUACUUCAAGGAGUACGAGGAUUCGGAUGGUAAACAGUACGACGCUUAUGUCUCCAUGACGCCAACUGCCAGUGCUGAAAAAUUUGUUUACAACGAACUGAGGCCAGUCCUUGAGGAUCUUGGGUUCAAGUUGUACAUUCAGGCCAGGGACAGCCCUUCUAAUGAAGCCUUGAGUGAUAUAAUACUGUCAGCCCUUGAGAAAAGCAGACGGACGAUUAUGGUGGUGACGUCAGAUUACCUCAGUAAUGAGUGGAACAGAUUUGAGUAUCUGAUUGCACAACAUGAGACCUUGAAGCUAAAACAGAGGAUCAUCCCAAUCAUUCUUGAAGACAUUGAUAAGGAUCAAGUGAAGCUGGACAAAUCGUUGAAAUACAUUUUAGAGUCUGUGAAAUGUCUGAACCACCCGCGCCUGAAGCAGCGAACUGAUGUACAGAGACCUGAGCUUGGAGUACCUUCAGCCAAGAAUGAUAAAGAAAUCUGGCACACAGAGAUGAGUGAGAAAUGUUUCAAGUCCAGUAUCUCUCAAGAAAAAGUGGAGUAUGAGAAGAGAGAGAAGAAAUUCUGGCAACGGCUAGAGCUCAGCAUGCCCAAGAAGAAAAAACAGAACAAAAAGAAGGCAAAUAAAAACACUGUUGAAAAUCCUAAAGUCAAAUCUACAUGUAUAGAAAAGUUUGGAGCCAAGAGAAAUCUUUCGACUAAGGAAGACGCGAAGGUUGUUACCAUUGGUUUCAAAAUGAACAAUUUGAAUGAAAGUUCUGGAAUGCCAUGCAGUAAUUUGGAAAACAAGUUCUUGAAUAUUCUAAAUGCGGAGCCAUGUGUUACUGAUCCCUCUACCUCAAGGCCACAGUCCACUGAAAUGGAAUCUGGCUACUACAACACCUCUCACAGCAUAGACUUUUGAGUUUGUUGACGGAAUUUGGUGAAAUUUUUUUUAAAAACAUGAAUUCUGUUUUAAACUGAUUUGAACUAGCUGAUGACAACUAAAGUGUAAGUUACUCGUCAGUUUACCAAAAAAAGCACAAAAUAUUUUAUUUUUUAAUGCAGUUACUUUUUUUGCAAUUGAGACAGCUAAACCAUUUAAGUCCUGCAACAUGUAAAAACAACCAUUUGAUAUAUGUGUAUGUAUACAAAAUAUUUAAUCAGACUGAGAGCAUCAAAGUAAAAAAAACAUAUCACCUUCCUCCCAGUUAAGCUCCCAGCUAGUAAGAUCCUCACAUACCUUAGAUCAUUUUGUAAAUGCUUUAGGAAGUUCAAUUACUUUCUAACAGAAAAUUUUACUAAAACACAAAUGUGUUCAUGUCAACUAGAUGUGUGAUCAGAAUCUUUAAUUUGUUUAUUCAUUGUUCAUGUGACGUUUUGUUCAAUUUUAAUUGAUGGUAAUUUAAUGACAAAAGGUGCGCUCCACAUGGAAUAAAUUUAGUAGUGACAGCUAUAACACAACAAGCUGUAUAAAUUUUGCAAACAUCAAUACAAAUAUAAUUUAAAACAUAAAUAAGACACACCGACCCACUGAUUUUAGAUGUGUCAUUAGAUAGAUAUACAAGAUCUUAUUCACUUAUUUCUGUUAAAUUUUGAAUGAUAUCCGGUGACUGGAAGUAGCACUUUACACUAUUUCCAAAUUCUCAAAAAAGCCAUAAGAAUUUAUUAAACUUUAUUCCUCUCUUUAUCAUCCAUUAUGGGUGGAAACAUGCGAGCAAAGAUAUUGACCACUUCUACUGAACCAAUUACUUUCAAGCUUUUUACGUAGGUCAAGACUCGGUGACAAUGCAAUGUGACCUAAUUGACUGUUAACUUAAAUUAAUCAAUGUUUUAUUUAUAAAUUAUUUUCCACUCCAUUAUAUACACAUUGUGUUCAAUUGGUGCGCAAUUUUUUUUUCUACGUGAUUCUAAAGUAUUUAAAAAUUUAAGAAUUAAAACAAAUAAUAAAAAACGUUUCUGUAGUCAGAUUGCACUAGUAAUAGCGCCCCCUUAUUGUUAUAUAAGAACAUUCUAGAAAGUUUAGGGGAGACUACUACCGCUUUAUUAACUUGAAAUUGCAUUUAAGGCAAGUUUAUUUGACGUGUAACUUUGUUUUGACAAGCAUCUAUACCCUUAACACUUUCAAGCAUUUUAACUUGGUGGACAACAUCGAUGAGAUUUUGUAAUUCUCAGUGGGUUAAGUGUCUCAAGCCUCUUGAAUGGGUUAAGUGUCUCACACUUCUUGAAUCCACUAUUUAAAGAUACACAUUGAUGCUUAUUACUUUUAAAAGUUAGUUUUAAUUAAGUCAUAACUGUGUGCUAACUUCAGCUUAAAAUGAGUCUUACGCAAUUGUAGUCAUCAAAAAAAAAAAAAUUAUAUUUUGGACAUUUUUGACCAACUUAGCAGUUAUCUUAUACAUCUAAAGUCUUAAUGAGAAAAUUUUUAAUUAACCUUGGUACAAAUUUGCUUAUUACCAUAAAGCAACUAGUAGCAACUUAUUGAAGAGCAUAGGUUAAAGUUUGAUCUUAUGGUAAUAGAAAGAGUUACUUGCUGAUGUUGACAUGUUUUUCCAAAUGUUAAAUGAAUGUAAUACUAGAUAGAGCUUUAUUAUCUCAACUUUAUGUUGUGAAGUUGCGCCAAAAAAUUGUUAGUUUUUUGUUUUGUUUGAAUGACCAUGUAUACAAAAUGACCUGUGACCUAACUUUUUUCUUUGUUUUAAUGACCUUGUUACUAAAUAAUCUAACCUACAGUUAUUGCUCAUGUACUUAUAUGAUGUCAUUCUGUGAUUCUUCUACAAAUGUUACUUUUAUCUUUUCUUUUUUUUUUCAAAUUCUUCUACAAACAAAACCUUAUCUACAAAUGGUUUUGAUUAAUUUUAUUUAAAAAAUAUCAAUGCUGAGUAUCUUGAA